ACGUGCUCUUUAUGCAACGGACCACGAUGGCAGAAUAGAGGGAGCGGGAUGUCCGUUUGUUGAGAGCAAAGCAUUUUGCAUAAUAUUUUAACGGUUUUAAGUUGUGUUGUUUAUCCUGUAUUGUGAGUUUUCGUGUAACGUCAGAGUAAUUAGUUGAAGCUGACUUUAUCAUUUCUUUUCUGGAUAGGUACAAUUGUUAAAUAUUGAACACGAUUUUCAGAGCCCCGCUAUUCUUUGAUGUGAUUUCAAUCGUCUGAUCAUCUGAUCAUUAUGUCCUUGUCAAGGACAAUGCUCAAAGCUUCAAAAGGAGCGUGCGAAAUUUUUCGCAGGCGACAGUUUCAACCCAACCUCGUAAUUCUGAGCACCAGGACUAUUUAUGAAAGAGACUACCGGAGACCCGGCCAGGCCCCAGACACUCGAUGGCCAUGGCAGAAGAUCCGCUUUGACUUCGCGAAGGGCUUGGAGGGGAUAAGCAAGCACUUUGGGCUGCUCAAGGAUGAGAUUGUGGGCCACUGGGUUGGACCCGAGGGCCGGCCGAUGUUGGAGCACAUACUGGAGCAAUCACGAGUGUUGUGGGAGUUUCGCGGCCCGGAGUCUCUGCGUCAGUGGGUGGUGUCCUCGGACCGGGAGAUAGGGGGCCGCAGCGAGACGUAUCUAAAGAUGGGUAGGAAUAACUCGACGUGUAUGCUUUACGGGACCCUGUGUUCGGUUCCACCGCGUGACGGAGAGACGAUCUACAGUGGAUACUGCACGCUACGCUCCAAACAGUAUCUGGCUUCAUUUGACAGGAAGAAGCAUUUAGAUUUGUCAAGCUUUAACACACUGCACUUGCGUAUCCGUGGAGAUGGCAGACCAUGGAUGAUAAAUAUUUCAACGGAGUCCUACUUUUCCCAUCAGAAAAACGACAUCUACAGUUACUUCAUGUAUACGCGAGGUGGUCCAUAUUGGCAGGAUGUCAGGAUCCCAUUUUCCAAGUUUUUUCUUUCAAGUCGUGGGAGAAUACAGGACCAACAACAUGUCCUCUGGCUGGACAAGGUGAACACCAUUGCCUUCACGCUGGGAGAUAAAGUGGAUGGGCCAUUUCAGCUGGAGGUAGACUUCAUCGCUGUGUGUAUUGACAAUGCUCACACUGAGGAGUUUGCAUAUGAACAGUACAAGAGGAACCCAGAGGUGUGACAUUGGGAGCUCCUAUGGCGCCCUACAACAAAGACCUUCAUGAAUGCAUCUGAUUCACUCAAUGGAAGUGUUUGGUUUAAUGAACUUUGAUCACACACACACACACACACACACACAUAUAUAUAUAUACACACACAAUUUAGGUCUCAUAAAAACAUGUCCACAUUCAAAAUACUCAGUCUAAAGACAAAGUACAAAACAUUGGUUUAGUAACAAAUAAAAGCAGGUCUUGAAACA